UAUCCUUCUUUGCCUUGCAAAGAAAACCUAGUAGGCUGGAUAGACUGCUUGCUAGACGGGGGCGGGGGGCACGAAACAUUUGCCAUCACACGAAAAAGGACACUUAUGGGAGGAGCCUGAGCGUCGACUGCAUAUCAUCGUUUGAGAACAACACGUCCGCAGGAUUUGGGGAUAAGUUUGCGCGGAGUUUCUUUGUGUUGGGGGAUAUUGCUGGUAACGAGGCGGGGACUUCAGCAUGGAUUGGGGCACAGAGCUGUGGGACCAGUGCGACACAAUUGAUAAGCACACGCAGUCCGGCCUGGAGCUGGUGGAGAAGUACGUGAAGUUUGUGAAGGAGCGGACGGAGAUCGAGCAGCAGUACGCCAAGCAGCUGAGGAACUUGGUUAAGAAGUACGCGUCAAAGCGAGGCAAAGACGACCAGGAAAACAGGUUCACCAACCACCAGUCCUUCCAGGACAUCCUGAACGAGAUGAACGACUACGCCGGGCAGCGGGAGGUCAUCGCCGAGAACAUGAUGAUCAGGAUCUGCUGCGAGCUCACAAAGUAUCUACAGGAGCUGAAGCAGGAGCGCAAGUCGUAUCUACUGGAGGCAAAAAGAGCCCAGCAAAGCCUGGAAAACGGCUACAAGCAGCUGGAGAGCAGUAAGAAGCGCUUUGAGCGGGAGUGGCGGGAGGCGGAAAGGGCAGCCCAGUAUGCAGAGAAGACGGACCAGGACCUGAACGCCACCAAAGCCGACGUGGAGAAGGCCAAGCAACAGGCGCACCUGCGGACGCACAUAGCGGAGGAGUGCAAGAACGAGUACGCCUCCCAGCUGCAGAAGUUUAACAAGGAGCAGAACCAGUUCUACUACAGCAGCAUCCCUCAGGUCUUCAACAAGCUGCAGGAUAUGGAUGAGAGGCGUGUCCAGCGGCUCGCGGAGGGAUACGCGCUGUUCGCCGACACUGAGAAACGGGUGCUGCCCAUCAUCGGCAAAUGCCUGGAGGGCAUCACCAAGGCGGGCGCCAAUACUGACAGCAAGCAGGACUCGUUGACGCUCAUCGAGCAGCACAAGUCCGGCUUUGACCGCCCGGGAGACCUGGAGUUCGAGGACUACAGCCAGGGCAUCAACCGCACGUCGUCGGAGAGCAGCCUGGGCACCCCCAAGGGCCCGCUGGAACUGCUGGGCAAGAACAGGAACAAGCUGUGGCCAUUCAGUAAGAAGAGCAAGUUACCCUCCCCCCCGCUCACGCCCGUCUCCUCGCCCUACGUCCCCGCGAAUGGACCCCCCUCCCCCAAGUUCGCCCGGGACCCCCUGUCCUACUGUCUGAAGGAGAUCAAUAAGACAGUCAAACCCAGAAUGGCCUCCUUCCGCAGUCUCAAGCGAGCGCCGACAGCCACCGAGGAUUUCGCCCACCUGCCCCCAGAACAGCGUAGGAAGAAGCUCCAGCGGAAGAUGGACGACAUCAGGAAGGAGCUGCAGAAGGAGCAGGACCAGAGCGAGGCCCUGCUGAAGAUGAAGGACGUGUAUGAGAAGAAUUCUCAGAUGGGAAACCCAGACAGCCUGUCCCCCCAAAUAACACAGACUGCCCAGAACGUGGAGAGACUGCGGGGGGAGCUGGCCAAGUAUGAGUCGUGGCUGAUGGAGGCGGGGGGUCGUGGAGAGAGCGUGCGCUAUUCCAGCCAUCUGAACAACAACGGUGCCAUCAACAGGCCCAACAACGCUAACUCUGUGGAGGGCGACCUCUCCCAGCCCAUCUACACCGAGUUCGAGGACGACUUUGACGACGAGGAGGUGGACGCGCCCAUCGGCCAGUGUAUGGCACUCUACAGCUUCCCAGGAUCCAGCGAGGGGACCCUAUCCAUGCAGGAAGGAGACAUGCUGAGCGUCGUGGAGGAAGACAAGGGUGAUGGCUGGACCCGGGUACGAAGCACCAAUGGCGAUGAAGGCUACAUCCCCACCUCCUACGUGAAGAUCACCAUCCCUCAGUGAUG